GAUAUCAUUCCAGUUAUUUUUUACAACUAAUUUAUGUUGGUUUAAAACUUUUUUUAUACCAACAAUUCUAAUGCCCUUGUCCAAGAACAUUAUUAAAAUGUUGCGAAAACUGAUUUCAAUUUUAGUGGUUACUGUCGCCUCCUUUUAUAUAUUUUUUAUUUUCACUGUGGUUAAUAAUUACGCUAAGCAAAUUUCAAACGAUAAAAGUAGUACGAACAAUCGAAGUGUAUAUUGGUGUAAGGAAUUGCAUUGGCGAAUGCCACCUUUACCCUUCGCAAUAGCACUUGCAUCUUAUCCUGGUAGUGGGAAUACUUGGCUUAGGUAUCUAUUGCAGCAGACCACUGGUAUUAUAACGGGUUCUGUUUAUUUGGAUUAUAAUCUACGUAGUAAUGGAUUUCCCGCUGAAAAUAUUUCUGAUGGCUCAGUACUUGUUGUGAAAACCCAUCAAUACCCACCUAAAACUCUGGAACAAUUCGAAUCAGCCGUGUUACUGAUCAGGAAUCCAAGAGACGCUAUACUGGCGGAAUUUAAUAGACACAAUAGUGGGCACACAGGCAAUGCCCCAAAAUCAGCUUUCGAGAUCCCGGCACUUAAGAGACUUGUUUGGUUUCCUUAUUUUUCAACACAAUUGCGGGACUGGGAAUAUUUCCAUAAUUUAUGGCUAACGAAGUUCCCUGGGCAAGUGUAUAUAGUAUUUUAUGAGGCAUUAUUAACCGAUACCAGAAAAACACUUCUAGGGAUAUUGAAUUUUUUAAAUAUCACUGUUACUGAGGACGACAUGAAUUGCGCGCUAGCGAACAAAGAAGGUUUGUACAAGCGCAAGAAGAAAUACAAAGAGUUCGAUCCGUAUACUCAUGAUAUGUACAGACAGAUAGAUAUAGUAAGAACAAGAGUAUACACUAAAAUAAUCGAGUCAAUAAAAUGACACCCAAAAGAACUUAACCAUAUCAUGCUUAAAUAUUUACCCUGUUAAAGAAAAAAUGCAAGAUAGAUCAUUUUUUUUACUUUUUAUUCUGUGCUUUGUAAAAUACUGUAAUUACUGUACUGUAAUACUGUAAUUGUUACUUAUCAUG